AUGUAUAAAGUACUCACAUCAUUGUGGUCUAAACCAUCAACAUCUAAAAAUAAUAAAGCUCGAUUAUCAUCUGUUAAUUCAUCGGACAUAUCAAUUGACGAAGAUGAUUGGGUUCUUGUUUCAGAUAAUGUAUCAAAAGUAACUUCACCAAAUGAUUAUAAUAGUAUAAUGACAAAUAGUUGGGUAGCAUCACCACCUUUGAUGAGAACUGAUGAAUCAUCAUUUGCAAAUAGAUCGUCAUCACCAACUACACAUCAUUUUAACCCAAUUGAAAAUCUACUUAUCGAACAUGCGAGUAUGAGUGUUUACGAACAAAUAGCUUCGCGAACACGUUCUAAACGUCAUCGAAAAACUGUUAAUAAUAAUCUACUUGAUGAACAAGUUGAAGAAGAUAAAGAUGAUGGUGAUGAUGAUGAUGAUCGGUCGUCUGUUGUUCUUCAAUAUCCAUCUCAACAUCCAAAUUUAUCUUCAAUUCAUCAUCGAAAUUUAAAUGCAUCAUUAUGUCAUUCAACAAAUUCAUCAACAUCAACACUUGAAUCAUCAACAUCUUCACUUAUGGCUCAUCAUCGUCAUUUACAUCGUAUGCAUCAACGACGACGACGAUCAGUUAAAACAUCAUCAAAAUUAAUUUUAACAAAUAGUAUUGAUGAAACAAAACACACGUCGAAUAAAAUUCUUGAACGACAACGUUUAAAUCAUGCUCGUACACCGAAACUUUUUCUUCAUCAACCAUCUCGUUCAAAUCAUUAG